AUGCGCGGGAGCUGCGAACGGCGGCGGCGGGAGGCGCGCGACCCGGCCUGACCCAGGUACGGCGUCCUCGGCCCCUUCCGGCGGGACCGCGCGCGGGGCGGCCGUUGGCGGGAGCGGGGAACGGGCUCUCCCCUCAGCGGCCCCGGCCGGCUAUCUGUGAGCCGCCCGGAGUCUGCAGAAGUCAAAACACGAGGAAUUCUACAUUGUCGCUCUUCUCGAUGCAGACCAUUAGGCUUUCGGGGUGUUCGCUCCAUCUCCGUGCUGGAUAAAGCAACUUUUGCAAAGCGAAUUAUUCGGCUUACAAAACAGUUUAGCAAAACGUAGUAAAUGAUGAUUCCUAGGUGUCUUUUAACCGAUGAUAAACUGCUUUUACCAUCCUCUAUACAGAACUAGAAUACUUGAGCUUGAACUUUUAGUAUUUGAAGAUGGUUUGAGAGGAUGCCUGAAAGGCAAGGGAAGGACAGUGAAAGCCAUGUCAGCAGCAGCUGUACCAGCACCAGCAACUCAGUUGCUUGCUUCGGACAGUAUCAAUAUACAGCAAAUGAAUAUCAAGCCAUCCAGCAUGCUCUUCGUCAGAAACUGGGUCCAGAGUAUAUCAGCAGUCGGCAAGCUGGGGGUGGACAAAAGGUCUGUUACAUUGAGGGUCACAAGGUAAUCAGUCUGGCCAAUGAGAUGUUUGGCUUCAAUGGCUGGGCUCAUUCAGUCACUCAACAGAAUGUUGACUUUGUUGAUCUCAACAACGGCAGGUUCUAUGUGGGGGUCUGUGCAUUCGUGAAAGUGCAGCUUAAGGACGGCUCAUACCAUGAAGAUGUGGGCUAUGGAGUCAGUGAAGGCUUGAAGUCCAAGGCCUUGUCCUUAGAAAAGGCAAGAAAGGAGGCAGUAACAGAUGGACUGAAGAGGGCGCUCAAGUGCUUUGGGAAUGCUCUUGGGAACUGCAUCCUAGACAAAGACUACCUACAAGCAGUUAAUAAGCUUCCACGUCAGAUGCCCCCUGAGUUAGAUCUGGUGAAAACUAAAAGACAGGACUAUGAGCCUGAAAUAGAGAAAGCGAGGUACGACGGCUGUUUGGAAAGGCAGAACCCAGGAUGGAGACAACAGUGUGAAACGGCACCAACUUGUAAGCCCACUCACACAGAGGCUUCCGGAGUGACAGAAGAUCAGAAGCAGCCAAGCAGUUCUGGAAAUACAGAUUCCCCAGCUGUUGAGUGUGAUGCCACGUAUCAGCGGAAACUGCGACAAAAGCAGCUGCAGCAACAGUUCUGGGAACAGAUGGAAAAGAGACGUCAGGUUAAGGAAGUUACUCCCAGCAGCAAACAGGCAACAGCCAAUCCUCCUGUAAAACACAGCACUCCGGCAGCAGUACAGCAGGAACUGGCAAUAGAAGAAGAGUUCUUUGCAGAUGAUCUUGAACUCUGGGACAUUUCCUUGGAGACCACCGACCUUAACAAGUUGAUGUGUCACAAAGCAGCAGGCUCACCAGCAGCACAGCAGCCCCCCGAGACGCCCCACAGACGUCACCAGAUGACAACUCGUAACAGGACGCCUCAGAGAAUGCAUUAUCACAAACCGCCUGUGAGGUUUGCACAGUUGCAGCCAUCUGCUGCUCUCACAAGCAACAGCCACGGUGCCAACCAACGCACACCAGAGCACAGCCCUUACAGGAGAAGUCAAAGCUGGAAGAAGCGGAGGCUAGAACCCACAUAGGACACGUGGUGGCAUCAUUACCUACAUGCUGGAUUACAUCAUAAGACUGCAGUUGGCUGCUCAAAGUACGUGAGGAAGCUUCAUCUAUUAAUAGAUUGUCCUAAAGCAACACAGAAUAGCCAGAGAGACACAGCCAGCAAGAACUUCAUGUGCUUUGGGUUUAUUACAUAGUCCAGAUUUUUUUUUCUAUAAACACACAAUCAUUUGUGCUCCUGCACAACUCGUGGCUGUUUUACAAAUAAUUUGCCUGAGAAUUGUAGCAUAAGUAAACCUUCAAAUGAGAUGCCAUAGCUUCUUCCCUGCUCAGUGUUGCAUUUAGGAGUACAGAAAAGUUUUUUUCCAAUAAAACGAGGACAGGGUGGGCUGUGGCCCCAGGAAAGCACACUGACCGCUGUCUCCCAUUCCCUCGGGCCGUUUGCAGCUGUGGCAGCCUCUGCCUCACAUGCAGCACAGCUGCCUGCCCAGAGGCUGCACAAGCAGGGGCAGAGCAUUGCCCUGACACGGCUCUGCCUCACCUCAACCCUCAAGCACGCGGCAUUCCCAGCAGCAGCAGCAGCACAUCUAUCUGUGCCCACGCAGCACGGGGUCAGGAACACGCGGGGACUGCUACUGAGGGGUACAUACAGCAUCUAAGUGCUGGUUUGGACCUUUUGUGAAAUGAAUGAGAGCUGCAAUCUUAUACUUUUAGUGUUUUAAAUCAGCUUUUACUCCUUUUUAACACAAGAAUAAACACUAAAUGUGGACAGACAAACCACACUUGUUAUUUGUGCCUUCUUCCUAUUCACUUACAACUGUUUAACAAGCUCAGAGAAGCUCGUGUUCACCUUGUGAGCAGGUACAAGUAGAAAGCUAGAGACUACCGCCGCGUGCACAGCCUUGCAUUUGCUCUAGCAUGGACAAAUGAAAAGGUUCAAGGGGCUUUUAAACAUGAGAGCAAAGCAACAGCUGUUCCUCUUAGUAAUAAGGUCAAAGGAAAGAUCUUUCAAGCAGCAUUUAGGAAGUACCCCGUGCCCAGCUCGAAAGGCCCCGCUCUGGUGAGGGAACGGUUCUGCUGGGCAGCUGCUGGGUCUCUUCCUAUUCUGGUGAAGGGGCUCAGCUGCAGCCCCGGCUGCCUCAGGCAGAAGCUGGGCACCGCCAGGCCAGCUGAACGGUGGCAGUGCCCUCCCUGCCCAAAGCAGGCUGAGCUGCCCAGGACCAGAGAGGGGAAGCUGGUUCUGUGUUACCUAGCGGCAGCAGUGGAGAUGAGAAGGAUGGUGCAGCACAGCUGGAACUGAAACCAGGAAAACCGACACCAGUUUUGACUAAUCCAACCCUGAAACUGAUGUCAGACUUGAAACAGGACCUUAUUUCCACGCUUUGCCAUUACCGGUCUAUCCAGAUGAGUUUCGUAAAGCGAUCUAAAUGUUACACAGGAGGUGUGAAGCAUUUAUUCCUGUCCCUCCUAUUUCGCCUUCGCCACUUAUCAGUCCCUUUCUCUUAAGCAGCCUCUGUUAUCCACUCACCUCUCAAACAGGACAAACGAGGACCAACGUUGGUACCAAAAGAGAAGAGAAAUGAAAUUAACUGGCACAGAUCAUACCUAGAAAACAGUCUCAGAUUUCAGCAACAUUGGUUUCUCUCCAACUCGGUGCUGAGUGAGCUCAGAGCAGCUCAGGAAAGAAAUACAUACCACACGUCUGAGUCACGCGCCCAGUGUUGAAAUAAGAUACCUGUAAGGAAGGGAAUGUGCAGACACACCAUUGCUGGGUUCAGCAAAGCCUCUCCCAGCUUUUACAACACAAAACCUGAAAGUCUCCAACAAUUCCAUCAGCUUUCUUGACAGCAGAACAGUGCAAAGAAAGAGAUGCCUCCUCUGGGGAGGUCACUGCCGCAUGCCUCUCAGACUGCUCCUUUAUGAAGAAAGCGGUAACGUUCAUAUACGGAGCUUUUCCUUUAAGGACUUGAGCAGCGUGACUCACAACAGAAGCGGUUCUUAAAAUGGAAAGAAAUGCAGCAGUAAUUAGUGUUUAGAAAUACCAAAUAAUUCCUGCGAGCCUACAGCUGCUAGAGAACAACUCUGUAUCGUUCCGCUCUUACGCUGUGUUGGUAGAGCUGCAGGUCUGGGGAUGGAAUUCAGACUGGAUCUAGACUAAAGGCAGCGCCCAGCACCACAGCUCAGCCCCGCUCCCUUCCGACCCACAGAGAAGAGCUGUCCCAGCAGGAGAGGAGGGGCAGCGGCCGCGCUCCAGCUUCUCUGCCAGUAACCGCUAUCAGUUGUGUAGCGGUUACAUCACUGCAGGAGCGGGGAGGAGAGGCCAACGAGAAAACCCAGCGCUCAGCAAAGCACGUUUGGUUUCUUUCAGUGACUCCAUGCAAUAGCCUGCAGAGGUGACAAACGGCAGCACAAAGCACAACCAUAGAAGGAGAGCAGCCGGGGUGGGCUGCCAAAUACACAACUAACUGUGGCCAGGGAAGCCCAAAGUUUCAACUUUUUUUAUUUUUUUUUAUUUUUUUAUUUUAUUUUUUUUUUUACAGUGUACAUUGUUAAAUAAUGUAAAGAAAACGCUUGUAAUUCAGAAACAGAUUUUAUGUGGAAAAAGAUACUCAAAGUGUAAUAUUAAACAAAAUAAUUUAACAGUUCAGUAGCAUUAGUUUAUUCCUCUAGACUUCAGUUAUUCAUCCACAGGAAGGGGGGGAGGGGGAAUCAAUGGUAAAUAAAACCAGUUCUUGCAUAACAUUAAGUGAAAACAACCUCAAACUUAUUAGAUCAAAAUUAAAUAACCACGUGCUGCGUUCAGCUUCAUCAGUUCCCCUGUCGUGAGUAUUCCCCUCGCGUGCCAUCACUGCCUGGGGCCGGACACCGCUCCUCUUCCUCGGGCACACCUCUCCCCUCCCACCGGGCGUAUCUGGGAAACCUCCGCACCGCUCAGGGCAAAGAGCAGAGCUUUCCUGUCCAACUUCAGCAGCGGGGCCCCCCGCUUCUGCCCCUUCCCACCACCGCGCUCACGCCACCAGCCUCUCUCCUCUCCCCUUCCGCUGCUCCACUCCGCACCGAGGUCACAAAGAACGAGCCCUCAAACCUAAGGAUCUCAGAGCCCGGGCUCCUUGCUGCCGGCUUUUGCCCUCCGACAUCUUUCUCCACCCGGUACAUUCCCUUGCUGCCAAAAAUGCUGGAAAAAAAAAGAACAACAACAACAAAAAGUAACAGGAAAGGAAUGGAUCUCGCACAUCUCUUGGCAAAAAAUAAAAAAAUAAAUGGAAGUGAGAACACUCACAGACAGCAAAACUCCCUGUUAAGGCUCCACAGGGGACCAGCACUCUCAAUCUGGGCAAGGAACAAUCUCCUGGGUGCACCAACUUCCAGACAUCAGCGAGCUGCCCCGGCGCUGGGAAGCAGCACUGACCCUUCACAGCUCUUUGCAGCACUCUGUAAAUACUGGCUGGUAUUAUUUUAACUUUGUAGAGGAAACCAGUAUUCUUAAAUAUGAAAGGGGAGAAUGAACACAGCAAAGGUACAGUACAGCUAACUAAGAGGUGACGGCUACAGUCCUGGUACCAGCUGGAAAUCUGUUAGAGUGAACUAAAGCAUAAAUCCUCCACAUAAGACCGAGGAAAUUUCUUGAUGCCGGCGGUUUCAAGUGCAUCCAUUGCCGGCAAUGGACAUUGUGCCAGGACACGACUAUUCCUGGCUCCAAUGGAUAAAAAAAAAAAAAAAAAAAAAAAAAAAAAAAAAAAAAAAAAAAAAAAAAAAAUCCACAACAAAACAAAGAAAA